GAGAAGCCGCCAUAUUCAAAGGUUCUGGCGUGCAGCAGUAACGUAACCCUAAAAUAUUUAGUUGAUUCCUGUUUCAAACCAAGGGACAAGAAGAGAAAAAUCGUGUGAUAUAUAUAGUAAUCAGAUACCAUUUUAUUUCCAAAUAUCAAUUGGUCAAGAAAUGUCAAACAGAAAAGUGCGCUUUGAUGAGGGUGACGCGGGCUCUCACGACCAGGAGGGUGAGAAGCAAGCCCGACGUUUUAAAGAGAAGCAUACAUUAGACAGUGACGAGGAGGACAAUGUUGACGAUGGAGACCGUCUUGAUGAUGAAGAUAUUGAAGGCCAAGAAGAAAGGACGAUUGAUUUUGAUGAGGGGAUAAAGAUCACACCUUUCAACAUGGAGGAUGAAAUGGAAGAGGGCCACUUUGAUAAAGAGGGCACAUUCAUAUUCGAUAAAAGAGACAGGGUUUAUGAUAGCUGGAUUGAUAACAUUGACUGGGUCCAAGUAAAACCAAUGGAUAAGAAAGACACUGAGGAGGAAGAUGACGAGGAAGAUCCACCACCACUUGACCACACUGAAAUUUACUCUAAAAUGCUUGAAAUUAUGAAGCCUGGAGAAACAGUUCAGAAAGCGCUCAAACGAUUAGCUGGAAGCAAGAAAUCCAUGUCUGCCAGUCAGCGAUGGAAAGCUAAGAAAAUGAAGGUUGAAGAGACAGAAGAGGAAAAAGCAAAUAAAGAAGCCAUGUUGAAAUUGACAGAACUUGCUGAUAAAAUGGUUAGUGAUGGGAAUAUGGAUAUCUACCAAGAAACAUAUGAAGGCAUCAGUUAUUCAUUAAAAGUAAAAGAACAGCAAAAGUUGCAAAUUCCAGAAGGCACAGAGGAUGAUGAUGCUUUGGACAUGUUUGGUGAACAUUUUGAUGAAAAGGAGGGCGUUGUUAAAGAAAGGGAUACUAAGGAAAGCAAAGAGGAACCUACGAAAGCAGAAACAAACAAAGAUCCCUCAUUGUCAGGGGCAGAUGAAGUAAUGUGGGUGUUCAAGUGGGAAGACAAAGAUGAUGCAGAGAUUCAUGGACCCUUUUCCAGUUCUCAGAUGUUAAAAUGGCAAGAGGAGGAUUAUUUUAAAGAUGGUGUCCUUUGUCGGAAAGCAGGAGAAAGUGGACUCUUUUACACAUCUAAGCGGAUUGACUUUGACUUAUAUGUGUAGGUUUAAGGAACUCUAAUCCUAGAGCUCAGAGUACAGCAGUUCUGCUUGGUGUUUAUGGUCACAAUGUAAGCAGGGAAGGUGAACUAUCGUUACACAUCAUGGGAGGACCAGCUCAAAGUUUUAUGCAUGGGCUUCAUGCAGAUAGGAUUACUGUUCAUGCACUGUAACUUGGAUAAAGAAAAACAAGACUUUCAGAUUCUAGCUGCUUGAACACUUGUCUUUAGUUGAAAACACUAGGCAAGAUUUGUAACAAGUAU